GAAAUUGUCUGAACCUACCACAAAAUCUGCCUUCGGGAUUCCGCUGUGGUUCUGCUCUUCGUCCGCCUUGUCGGCCGCCAUGCUUCUUUGCUCAGAUCUCGCGAGAUUCUCUCGAGAAACAAUAUGGCGAUGUUAAAGCAAGGGCAAUCGCAAUUUGAAGAAAAAUGGCCUACUAUGCGCCCAACAGUUCUGAAACUUUUACGCCAAGAAAGGGUGACAAAAUUUGAAUGGCAAGAAUUGUUUUGGGCUGUACACUCUGUGUGUUUAUGGGAUGAAAAAGGUCCCCAGAAGGUGUACCAGGCACUCCAAGAUGACAUAUUGGAAUUUAUACGACAAGCUCAAAUUAGGGUUCUUCAACAUCAAGAGGAAUCAGCUCUUCUCAAAACAUACAUUGCUGAGUGGGGCAAGUUCUUUACUCAGUGUGGUUAUUUACCAAAGCCUUUCUGUCAGCUGGAAGCUUCUCUAGCUGGAAAAGCUCACAAUACGAUGCCAAAGAAAACCCAAGCAGAUGAAAGUAUUGUUCGUAAGAUGAUGCUGGAUACCUGGAAUCAAAGUAUAUUCAACAAUAUCAAGCAUCGCUUGCAAGACAGUGCCAUGAAGCUGGUUCACUCAGAACGUAAUGGAGAAGCCUUCAAUUCUCAGCUCGUUAUUGGAGUCCGUGAGUCCUAUGUGAACCUUUGUUCUGAUGCCGAAGACAAAUUGAAAAUAUAUCACGAAAAUUUUGAGAAGGCUUAUUUGGAAGCCACUGAAUCAUUUUACCGAGUGAAGGCACCCCAGUACUUGCAGGCCAAUGGAGUACAGAAUUAUAUGAGAUUCGCUGAUGCCAAGCUCAAAGAAGAAGAAUGCCGAGCCAAACGUUACCUAGAAACCGGCUGGUGUUGUCCAUCAGUGUCAGCAUUGAUUGACUGCUGUGUUGAGGUAUUGGUAACAGCAUUUAAGGACACCAUUCUCAAUGAGUGUGCUGGUAUGAUCAAAGCCAAUGAAACAGAGAAAUUGCGUUUGAUGUUCAGCCUGAUGGACAGGGUUGUGGAUGGAAUCGCUCCCAUGUUACAUGAUCUUGAAGCUCAUAUAGUCAGCCAAGGUUUAGCAGAUAUGAUGUCGGCUGCCAGAACCAUCACCACUGAUUCUGAGAAAUAUGUUGAACAACUUUUGGAACUUUUCAACCGAUUUAGUAAAUUAGUCAAAGAUGCCUUUCUAGAUGAUCCCCGUUUUCUUACUUCUCGAGACAAAGCCUAUAAAAGUGUUGUUAAUGAUAUAUCUGUGUUUAAACUAGAAUUACCAAGUAAAUCAAAGGGAAUGAAUGUGAAGACACAGCCCGAGUCACGCUGUCCAGAACUGCUUGCUAAUUACUGUGAUAUGUUGCUCAGGAAAACAUCUCUGAGUAAGAAACUUACUCCAGAGGAAGUGGAAAAGAAAUUAAAAGAUGUUUUACUUGUUUUGAAAUACGUUCAAAAUAAGGAUGUCUUCAUGAGGUAUCAUAAAGCCCAUCUCACACGUCGUCUUAUCUUGGAUACAUCAGCUGAUAAUGAGAAAGAAGAAAAUAUGGUUGAAUGGCUGAGAGAGGUUGGUAUGCCUGCAGAUUAUGUAAAUAAACUAGCCAGAAUGUUCCAAGAUAUCCAAGUCAGUGAAGAUCUGAAUCAAGAAUUCAAAGAAGUCUUUCGAAACAAUAAUAAUGAUGCAUUGGCAGAUGCUAUCAAUAUAAAAAUUUUGAAUGCUGGUGCCUGGGCUAGAACUAGUGAUCGUAUAUCAGUAACACUACCAAUGGAACUAGAAGACUACAUCCCACAAGUCGAAGAAUUUUACAGACAGAAACAUAAUGGACGCAAACUACAGUGGCACCAUCUAAUGUCCAAUGGUGUGAUAACCUUUUGUAACGAUUUUGGUCGCUUUGAUUUAGAAGUGACAACCUUCCAAAUGGGUGUUUUGUUUGCUUGGAAUCAAAGGCCAAAGGAUAAGAUCUCAUAUGAAAGUUUACGGUUAGCAACUGAACUACCUGAUUCAGAACUACGAAGAACUCUUUCGUCUUUUGUUGCAUUUCCCAAAUUGAAAAAACAAGUUCUUUUAUGUGAACCUGAAGCCAAAUCUCCAAAGGAUUUUGAAGACAGCACUCAGUUCUGGAUUAAUCAAAAGUUUGCUUUAAUUAAAAAUGGAAGGCCACAGAAAAGAGGUCGUAUCAACCUGGUGGGCCGGUUGCAGUUAUCCACAGAGAAGAGUAAGGAGGAAGACAAUGAAAGCAUCAUGCAGCUUAGGAUUUUGCGUGUCCAGGAAGCUAUCGUGAAGAUCAUGAAGAUGCGCAAGAAAAUUACCAAUGCUGCCCUCCAGACAGAACUGGUAGAGAUCCUGAAGAAUAUGUUUCUUCCCUCCAAAAAGCUCAUCAAAGAACAGAUAGAGUGGUUAAUUGAACAUAAAUACAUGCGCCGUGAUGAGGACAACAUCAACUUGUUCAUCUACAUGGCUUGAAUAAAAAUGGCCUUUUUAUAUGCCAUGUUCACCUCUCUUUGGGUGCUUACCCAACAAUUUAUCGACCUAACUUCCUUUCUUCCUACCAACCUGUUUGCAAUGCCAGCCUUUACCUGCCUGUAUUUACCUUCAUCUCACCUGUUCACUGGCUAUAAAACGUUUCACCGUCUAUUAUUGCUGCCCACCCCCACCCCCCACCCCAGAAUAUGGAUCAUUGCAG